GUAAUUCAAAUAUUUCUAUACUGGAAUUGUAGUUAAAUCAGUGAAUAUUUUUCAUGUACAGUGUUUACUUUUUCAGGUACUUUAAUGGCUUCUAUUUGUUGGCUCACGCAUAAAUAUUCAAAGGCUGUAAGCGUGCAGAUCUGCAUGCUUGAAUAUUCAGCUUCUUGUACUGAUGGGAUUUUUCAUCUUAACUGCCAAAUGUAGAGUUCAGGCUUAUGGUGACUAAUUACAUGUAGAUAAUUAAGUAUACAGGUUACUUUUCUGUGUUAUAGGCUUACCAUACAUAACUAGUUGGGCGCUUGCAGUGAAAAUGAUCACACUGGUAACUACGUGGUGUACUUUGAACAGUACACUACUCAGUGAAGGUGGGACAUGCCUUCCUACUGUGUUAACUUGUAGGCAGUGUCCCUGAACUGUGUGAGAUGGGAGAGAAGAAACACUGCCUUGGGCACCUCUGAGAGCCCUCACAGGAGUCCCUGGACAAGGUGUGAGGCUGUGUCAAUGGAGGAGAUGUGUUGUCUAGAGAAGAAAGCAGGUGCCCUUUGCAUCUCUCUGACUGUGAGGAAGACAGGCAGGGAGCUGAGGGAGCACCUAUGCAGUGAGCAUAUAGCAUAUAGUCCUCUCCUCCCAUAACAGAAGGUGGGAACUAAAACCUGAGCAGACCUUUGCUCAGGGAGGAGAAUCAAGAGGAAGGUGCUCAGCUCCAAGGACAGACUUAGGCUUUUCCUGUAUGAAUCUGGGGAGGGUAUGGUGAAUGCCAGUGAAGCUGCCUUCCUCGUAGGCAAAAAUGCUUACUAGUACCUCAGACUGCACUAAAAAGAGGGCUUUUAGUUUGUUCCCUAGGGGUGUUACCUGUUGCUUUGUCAUUAAGACCCUUGUCAUUGGUGUUUGGUUUUUUUUUUGCAGGUUUCACAUAAACUGUUGACCAGACAUGCCUCUGCAUGUCCUGUACCUAAGUUGAUAAAACAUCUAUGCACUUUAAUCUCAAGUCUAUGCCACUCUGCUAGUACAGUGUGAGCUGUGCCUUGAACCUUGGAUAUAAAGACCUACCAGCCAAAGUCUUGUUCCUGCCUUAGUAAUGUUCCAGAGGUUAAAUAACAUGCUCAUGGGAGAGAUUGAUAGCCUGUCCAGCCAAGAGCCAGAAUUCAGUGAGAAAGAAGAUGACGAGUGGAUUCUGGUUGACUUUAUAGACACUUGCACUAACUGCUCCGCGGAGGAAGCGGACAUCGCCGAAGCAUCGGACGCAGAUGGCUCGCCCGCCUUCUCUUGUUUACCGUCUCCCUUGGAACACUUUCCAGAGGCCAGCGAGUCUUGCUUCAUCCAGUUUGAGUCAUGCCCCAUGGAGGAGAGCUGGUUUAUUACCCCUCCCCCAUGUUUUACUGCAGGUGGAUUGACCACUAUCAAAGUGGAAACCAGUCCAAUGGAGAACCUCCUCAUCGAGCAUCCCAGCAUGUCUGUGUAUGCUGUCCACAAUACCUGUCACAGCCUUAAUGAGACUGGGUGUGGAGAUGAGGAGUUUCACAGCCCAGGUAGUCCGAGACUGGAAGCCCAAAAUGAAACAGGGCAGCGUGUUCACUGCUACGUCACAGCUCUUGCUACUCGUUCAGCUUUUCUGGAAAAAAACAAGAGCUUUCGUCCUAGCCACUGGAUAAAAGAACAUAACGAAAGACAUUAUCUCAACAGAAAUGGUCUCCGUCGCCAAAACCUCACCAGGGAUUGCCACUCUCGGCAAAUCAAGCACAAUGGACUCUUUGUUCACCAGCCUUGCCAGCGUCAGUUCAAUUACUGAUGGCUCUUGUGGUUUUAAUCUAUGGUCUAAUUGUUUUUUAGGUUACUCUUGUUUCCAUGCAUAGGUAAGUGUGGUCAGUCUGAAGCUGAUUGUCAAUCCCUCCAACACAAUUGUAACUAGAGUUGCAUUCUUUUAAAAUGAUACCUAAAUUUCCAAACAUCUUGCAGUAAGUCCUGAACAUUGAUGUUAAAUAUCAAUGUCUUGGAAGCCUAUCACUAAGGUAGUUUGUGUGCUGUUUUAUAAACUAUGAUGUAUAGAUGGGUUCUUAGUUGAUCUUUUAAAGACACUUAACUGAGAUGGAAAUCAGUUACAUUUUACGUUAAUCAAAGUGGAGUUAGAAAAUUUGAGGUUAGGUGUAUUCUUUAAUGACCAGAACUUGACAGCUUGUAUAUCUGUCUAUAUUCAGCAUAUAUGAUUACUUUCUAACAAAGGCAUACUAUAGCUGCCAGUGGGUAGCUAUGCUGAACUGUUACAAGAAGGACGUCUAAUGUAAAUCGCCUAGUACCUACUUGUGUUAGUGGAGUCUGUGUAGGUGUAUUGGGUACUUGAUAUGGGUAUCAGAAAGGGUUAAAUGUCCCCCCCCUAAUAUUGUUGCAGUAGGCUAUGGCACUGGUGUUACAGAUGUAGUACCUCACAGUGGAGUGGAAGGAAAAGUGGGCCUAUGGGUUAAGUGCAGAUGCACAACACAGAGCUGAACUGGGUUUUACUUGGUGCAGUUUGGGUUCUUAUUCCCUUUCUUUUAUUCUUUCUGUCUUUAAAAGAUGUAUUUACCCUAUCCCAUUUCAUUUACUCUCUAGUCUACUUAGAGGAAAAGGAUGGUGUACUGACUUCUUUUAAUCCCAUCAGUAGCUGACUGCUCUUUAAAGAAGUCGGGCUGAUGGAUAGCUAUUUCUGAGCUGCUAAUUGCUGUUAAAUUGUCUCAUACUUAGAGUAGCUCAAAAGCAGCUAGAAGGAAGGUCUUAUUCAAAUUUUCUCCCUUCUCUCUCUCUCUCUCUAGAAAUUAAGUCCAAGUUAAUUGUGACUGGAAAUGAAGGGCAGUGUGUGGCAGGGAUGAGAGGAUGCUGAAAAACAGUCUUGCAGAACUAAACACAGAGAUGACAGGGUGUAUAAAAAUGGAGAUAGAUUGGCAGUGUUAUUCCCUUAACCCAUUGGGGGCAGAAGAACUGGAUAGCAAUUCCAUGGGCAGCAGGAAAGAAAAGCCAUUCAAAACUAACAAGUAAUUUUCUUAAGAACGCUGUACAAUGUUUUGGAAGUUGGCAGGCACUUGAAAAACCCAGAACACAAAGUUCACCUGUUCAGUACACCCUGUUUCUUAACCGCAGCCAUGUGGCAUGCUGAGCCCUGAUAGAUCAAUCUGGGAAGUAGACUAACUGCUUAUGGAGGUGAGGAAGCAGAAAUCUACACUGAAGAAAGAGGGGAAAUACCAGUAGGUUUAUCCCCCUUUCUGUCAGUACUUAAUGUGACUUACUGGUUUUAACUUGUGUUUAGUGCCUAGGGCAUUUAAGUGUUAACAUUACAUUCAACAAUGUCUUCCAGUAGUCCUUAUACAGAAGCUAGUAUAAGGAGUCAUGUGAGGAGUCCUUAAAAUUAGAUCAGUAAUGUGAAUUUUUCUAGACCUAUGAAGUAUUUUAAAUUCAGCCAAAUGCUUCAAAUUCAUUGAAGCCAAACCCUAACAACUUGGAUUGACCUUGAUGUAAUGGUACUGUUGCACAUUCUGCAGCUGGAAUUGUUGUGGAACAUGCUUAGUAUACAGGAAAUAGCACUUAUAACCUUUGUUUCACUGCAGAUGUGCUGCUUCACUGGGGUUAGUUAAGAUUGUUGCAAGGGGAUGCUCACAGAUAGUUAAGUGUGUGAAAGCAAUAGGUGCUUUCCUGGCUACACUAGUCUCCUUUAUUUUAUUUUUUUCCUGAAGUACAUUAAAUUCACACACACAGUGAAAGAAAACAGGAUUGGUCACAUUGUAAGUUUCAAAAAUAGGGAUUUUUUGUUAGUGUUUUCAGCAGUAUGUGUCUGUGUCCAUACAGCAAUUCUUUUGUGGUCCAAACAUUCUGGUUUGCAAAUAGCUGUGGUUUCACCAGUCUCUCAUCUGUUCAUGAAUACUCUUACUUGCCUCAGAUUGUCUGCUUUUAUCACUCCAGCUUUUUGCCCAAUUUAAACUUCCUUCUCACUGCCAACUUCCUAGCUCAGGAAAAUUCCUCUCUUUCCUGUAUUUUUUUUUUCUUUGUAUAAAAGUAACUACUUUCCUUCAGCUUUAAUUUUCUUAAAGUGAAAUGAAGGAAGAUGGAGUGUCCACCUCCCUGUGUUAGAAGGAGUUAAGUCAUCUUUUAACUCUUGACAGGGAGAUGGGAGUUGAGAGUAUAAGGCUCCCAGGCAUUACAGUGAGAGCCUUGGACUGUUCUUCUCAGUAGGCAAGUAAAUGCAACUUUAGACUGCUCCUAGAAUUGGGAGAUACUGAUCUUUUUAUACUACAUUACUAGAUGACUUUCUGGUGAUGAAAACCUAUAUCUUUCAGGAUAUAAACUAUUUUGUUGCACAAAGCUGUGCUUCUCAAUUUGUAAUAUUAGACACCAUAUUAUUGUGUGAGAUAGUACUGCAUCAAUGGCUUUUUGUUAAUGUGGUUUACGUAUUUAUGUUGGUCUAGCCCCAUUUUGUGCCUGGAGCUAUUGGGCAAAUAGAUUUGUUUUUCUGUUUUAAUAGCAAGCUGUGUGGCUUCUUAUGGUUUUUUGACUUGUAUUAAAGUGUGUGUUCUUGUAAAAAGCAGAGGCCUUGCACUGUCUUAUAUUGAUUGAUAUUCAUGAAUCUUGCUGAAACUGUAUUUUCGUAUGUAUUGGUCAAUAGACAGAUUUGCAUUUUAAACUGUGCCUUCUACACAGCAAACUUGAAGAUUCAAAAGGGACAUUUCAGUUAGGAUUAAUACUGUACAUCAGUCUAUGCACAUAUGGCAGCUUCUCUCCAGAGCCACUUCUCUAUUUGUAGCAGUCCUUUUGAUAUGGAAGAAUGUCUGGCUCUUAUUUUUAAUAGUUAUAACACAAGCUGAAAAACAACAAGAUACAGCACUUUGCCAAAAAGUAGCAUUGCUUAACCAGUGUGUAUUUACUAAAGUGAUCUUCUGUAUUUUGUUUUCAUAGUGCAUUCUGCACAUUGUGGGAAACAUGAUCUUAACUCUCAAUAAAAAAUGGCCUAUUAAAAA